AUGACUGAAAUUGUCGUUGAUUUUCAAUAUUAUUACAUUAAGUGCAUAAAAAUCUUCAAUUUAAUAUGUUUGGUAUUUAAAAAGCACAGCAAUGAUCUCAGCCGAAGAGAUUAUUUAAGGAUUUAUAUCGCUGAUGCUCUGUAUCUCCUGCUCGCACUAAAUGCAUCAAUAUUCUUUGGAUUAUCAACUCACUUACUUUACAGUGGCGAUAAUGAUGUAAGGACCUUAGUGUUUGCGAUUUGCUCAACAUUAUCUGUGAUAAGAUACAUGCUGAGAUUCAUUAUGAUAUUCCAGAAGAAAAUGGAAAUUGCAGAUGUAAUGGAUGUCAUGAAAAAAUCAUAUCAACAAACUCAAGUUGAUGCAUUUGAAAUCUCUGGAUAUACAAAAUAUUUUAAAAUGAUGAGGAACAUGAUUUUAUUCAAUUCAGUCUUUGUCAUGUUCUUUUUGAAUUUCGGACCAUUAAUUGGAUUAAUAUUUUACGGUGAAAUGAAUUUUCCUUUGAACAGUCCAUUUGAAAAUGGCCAAUGCUUUUUCGGACAAAUGCUAAAAGAUGCAAGCGAGAGUGUUGUUAAUGGAAUUUAUGAGUGUGGAUGGGAGGACAUAAAUGAUAUUCAGAUCAGAAGAGCAUUCAUUUCCAUCAUACAGCGAUCACAAAAGCCUGAAUGCCUUACAAUCAUGAAAUUUGGCGAUGUAACACUCAAGCAAUUCACAACGGCAAGUGAUGAACAAAUUUACCCUAAAGAAUAUUCUAAUAAAAUCAUUUUCACUUAA